CAAAGCACCGCCCAUCCCGGCGCCGCGGGGCAUUGUGGGAAGCAGAGGGAAAUAUGGCGGAUGGUGAAGAACCGGAGAAGAAAAGAAGGAGGCUAGAGGAGCUGCUGGCGGAUGGAAUGGCUGUUGAUGGUGGGUGUGGGGACACUGGAGACUGGGAAGGUCGCUGGAACCAUGUAAAGAAGUUCCUCGAGCGAUCUGGACCAUUCACACAUCCUGAUUUCGAGCCAGGCACUCAAGCUCUUGAGUUUUUGUUAAGCACAUGUAAAGUACUAGUUAUUGGAGCAGGAGGAUUAGGAUGCGAACUCCUGAAAAACCUGGCACUGUCUGGCUUCAGACAGAUCCAUGUUAUUGACAUGGACACUAUAGAUGUUUCUAAUCUUAACCGACAGUUUCUCUUUCGACCGAAGGAUGUUGGGCGACCAAAAGCAGAAGUUGCAGCAGAAUUUCUAAACAGCCGCAUUCCCAACUGUGCUGUUGUAGCGUAUUUUAAAAAGAUUCAAGACAUGGAUGAAAGCUUCUAUCGACAGUUUCAUAUUAUUGUUUGUGGGCUGGACUCUAUAAUUGCAAGAAGAUGGAUAAAUGGAAUGCUGAUGUCAUUUUUACAUUAUGAAGAUGGUGUACUGGAUCCAAGUUCCAUCAUACCAUUAAUAGAUGGAGGGACAGAAGGUUUUAAAGGAAAUGUUCGUGUGAUUAUUCCUGGUAUGACAGCAUGUGUUGAAUGCACACUUGAGCUUUAUCCGCCCCAGGUGAAUUUUCCCAUGUGUACUAUUGCGUCGAUGCCCAGACUACCGGAGCAUUGCAUUGAGUAUGUCAGGAUAUUGCAGUGGCCAAAGGAGCAACCUUUUGGAGAGGGUGUUACAUUGGAUGGAGAUGACCCUGAACAUAUACAGUGGAUUUACCAGAAGUCUUUAGAAAGAGCAUCACAAUUUAAUAUUAAAGGUGUUACCUACAGACUCACCCAAGGGGUGGUUAAACGAAUUAUUCCAGCAGUAGCUUCUACAAAUGCAGUAAUUGCAGCUGUUUGCGCCACUGAAGUUUUUAAAAUAGCCACAAGUGCAUACAUUCCUCUUAACAACUACUUGGUGUUUAACGAUGUGGAUGGAUUAUACACAUACACGUUUGAAGCUGAAAGAAAGGAGAACUGUCCAGCCUGCAGCCAGCUUCCCCAAAACAUAGAGAUUUCCCCAUCAGCUAAAUUACAGGAGAUCUUGGAUUACUUGACAAAUAAUGCUUCAUUGCAAAUGAAAUCUCCUGCAAUCACGGCAACUAUGUAUGGGGGAAAUAAAACACUUUAUUUACAGACAGUAGCUUCAAUUGAAGAACGAACAAGGCCAAAUCUUUCCAAGACACUAAAAGAACUGGGGCUUGUGGACGGCCAGGAACUUGCAGUUGCUGAUGUUACUACACCACAGACUAUGUUGUUCAAGCUUCACUUUACCACUUAAUUUAUUCAUAAGAAAACUGCAAAUACAGCGAGAGAAGUCUGUACCACCUUGUAAAACAAACAUACUCUGUUGGUGUUAAAGCAACCUGAAAUGUUCAUGUUAGUACUAGCAUUGUUCAAGGUUAGGUAAUACAAAUGAAUCACCAUAUUUCAGAACUGUAUGUAGAAGCCAAUAUUUGGUGGAUUAUAUUUGUAUAAAUGCUUAUUAAUGUACAGAACUCCGAUGUAUAGGAAUACACUUUUUUCCAGUUUUUGUUGUCAAAAUGUUAAUGCUAAUAUACUUUCAGACACAUGGAAAUUUUAAGGUGGCCAAAAGUCUUGUUUUCAACAUGUGUACAAAUGUAUAUGCAAAGAGAAGACCCUUAAAAAGGAACCACAGUGAUAUGGCUUUAGAUUGUAGCACUCCUCUAUGCUUGCUGAGUCACCUUAUAACCAAAAGAGGGCGGUAGAUUAAAAUGAGCAUUUUCCUCAUAUUUGGUAUUGAUUUUACCAAUUUUAUGACAGGUGUUCGGUGUGGGAGAGACGAUUGUUUACAAGCAAGCAGGGAGGGACAAGGUGAUCAGCUGCAGGUGACAGGGACAUGUCUGCUCGCAGUCCCCAGGCAGCCACGGUGCACAGGAUGCAGGGUCAUGUUCAAGUAUCAUUGGUGCUGUUAAGGUAUUUAUUAAUAAAAAAUCAUAACGAUA